UGCCCAGCACGGCCAUAUGCUGGUGAGUCCUUCUUUCGCUCUUCUUUCCUUUUUUUAUUGCCCUAACCUCAUCUACACUAUGAUUGGAUAUUAUGCUGACAAUAUGCACAGGACCUCUUAUGAAAUGGCUAAGGCGUACUUCAAGGGCCUGGAGGCUGCCUAAAAUCAAACCCCCACGUCUGUUCUCCCACUGGCCCGAUCGCACGACUGCGACCUCUACGACCCAUCCCCCCAUCCUGCGACCCUCGGUUCAGGCAUUCCACGACCAGAAGGGACAAAGAAAUCACCCAACGAGACUAUCAAAAGCAGAAAAAAUGAAAGUAAGGGAAAAAAUCACAUAAAUUCAUAAGUAAUAGAUGCCUGUUUGAACGGAUCACGUGCGGGAGGUGGACACAACGGACACGAUAUCGCAAAGCUUGCUGUUGCGGGGAGGAAGAAUUCCCCGGGUGCGUGGCGUUCAUCAUGUCAAAAUUUCUCUUUCCUUAACUCGAUCCCUGACCCCGUUACCUUUCACACACACGCUCCCUCUCUUUUCUCGUUUUGUCGGAUGUAUGCGAAAUGUCUGAGACACCGAGAAUCGCACAGCCUGGCGGGAGCCACCGUGAAUGCGGCGGAGCGAAAGGAGGUUUCACCUCAUCUUUUGGUUCCCCGUUCAUAUCCUUUUGUUUGGUUGGACAAUGAUUGAUAUACACCUUGUGGGACGGAAUGAGUUGGGAAAAGUGCGAGAGCUUUUCUUGGAUCGGUCCUUUAGGUCCGAUGUAUGCUAUAUUUGUACCGGCGUUGGCACGCAAGGGACGUGUUGUUUUAUUUUUUUUUUUCUUUUUGGAGGGUUUUAUUUCCUUUUUCUUCUUUUAUUUCUUUUCGUCAUUUGAUUGAAUUCCAAAUUCUGGAAUUUUCUUUUGAUAUACUACGCAUUUGGGACCCCCAUGUAUACAUAGACGGGAUGAUAUGGCAGGCAGAAUCAGAUAUCCAUGAUGGUUAAUAUAAAGGAUUGAGACUCAGCUCCA